GAAAUGCAGGAAGUCAAGCGGAAAAUAAUCAAGGAGAAUCGGGUGAAUCAUCGAGGAAAGGAUUGAUUGCGAGCAGGGACGGCAGAGAAGAUGACGUGUGGGUGAUCGACUCAGGAGCUUCUGAUCACAUGUCAAGGCGUCGAGAUUGGUAUUCUACUUAUGAAGAAUUUUUGGAGCCCCAGAGGAUAGGCGUAGGUAACGUUCCAGGGCCACCGCCGCUGCCCUCGUUGGUGCCAAAGGCUCCACCACCGCCCCCACCGCCAUUGGCGCCCGGCGAGAAGCGGGUGCUCAGCGAAACGCAAAAGCAAACGCUCGAGAAGCUCAAGUCACGACCACGCAGACGGCCCGACUGGUCCGGGAUGAUGAAGGAGGUGGAGAGCGGCAAGAAGCUGCGCCACGUGGCAUGCAACGACAGAUCUCAGCCCAUAUUGACAUGCAAAUCGAUGACCAAAGUGGACGAUAAAUUCAUCUAUGAAACAGAGAAGGACAACUCGCACAACAAACUGCUCAAGCAAAUCCAGGGCGGCGUUCGACUGAGGCCCACGCAGACAAACGAUCGCAGCAAGCCCAUAUUGGAGGGUCUGCGCAAGUUCGGACGCCAGAUGACCAUCGAGGAGCAGCUGCACAAGUCCCUGUCCAAGGUCAAUAUGCUGAGCGAGGCGCCCAGCAGCCAUGCGCUGAACAGUGCGAACAGUGGGUCGGCGAGUGGUGCGGGCAGCUCCAGGCCCAGCAUUGUCUUGACCAUGUCCAUCGAUGAGGAGAGUCCCGAUGAACUGGACGAUAUCGACAAGUUGCGUGACGAUUUGCAGAGCACCAAGCAGAUGCUGGCGCUGGAGCUGCGCAACCGUGAGGCGCAGGAACGUGAGAACAAGAAGCUCUUGGCCAAAAUACGUACGCUCGAGACGGAAUUGGAGCGUGAGAAGUCGCGCGAAAAGAAUCUGGAGUAUGGCUCCAAUGUUAUUGUAGCCACCAUGGACCCCACGCCCACAUCCGAACAGGCAUAUGUCAACUCACUGAAACGUGAAGUCGAGGACGCGCGCAAGGUCUCCAAGGAGGUGGAGAAGAACUAUCACGACACGGGCAAACUGCUAGUCGAGGCGAAAACAGAAAUCGAGGAACAAAAGCGACAGAUACAAUUGCUCGAGCGCAAAUUGGCAGCUGCUUUGCAGGGCGGCACAUUUGAUGGCUCGAGAAGACCGAGCGAUCCACUUUUCGGACGCGACAGCUCACCCGAACUGGAGCUGGAGUUGAGCGAGAGCGAUCCCGAUGAGCCGGAGGAGAAGAAGACAGAGCGACGCGAGCGACGAAUGGGCAAGGAGGUGAAGGUGCUACGCAGCAAGCUAACCAAACUGAAGGUCAAGGAGGAGGCGGCCAAGAAGGAGAAGGAUGCGCUGAAGCAAGCCAUGAAGAAGAAUCAUGUUAUACUCAAAGAGGAGAACAAAAAGUUCAAGAAACUGGAGAAAGAGGUGCAAAAGAUGGCCGCAUCGAUGAAGCUGGACGAGGACGAGAUCGAUGCCGAGGACAAAGAGGAACAGGAGGAGGAAGAGGAAGAGUCCGAGGAGGAGUCAGAAGAAUCCGAAUCAGAGGAGAGCGAAGCAGAACCGGACAGUGAAUCCGAGGCAGAAGAUGCUCCCAAUUCCGCCAAGAAGAGCAACUUGUAGCCGCGCGUGAAGAAGCACGAGAGUCGCUUUGCAGCAAUGAAGAAGUGCAAUGUGCUGCUGCAGGCGAACGUGGAUAAUUUGCAGGACCAAAUUCACAGGUGCGCUCCAGAGCUACCAAUCUGCAGGAUGAACUGGAUGCGGUGAUUGCCGAUUUGGGUUUCUAGGCCCAUGAGUCACAAUAUGAAGGAGAUG